UCCCUUCCCUUCCUCUCAUAAAACGGCGUUACUUCACACACCCACCACCACCGCUCAACAACAAAUGGAGCUAAAAUCGCCCACCACCACCGCCGAAAUUAUGCACAGCAUCAGGAAAUACGAUCUGCUGACGUCUGUCAAGGUCAAGGAAGAGCCUCACGAAGAAGGCGAGAAGAGCCUCGGCUCCGCGAAUGGUCCGGCGCCGUUUCUGCGGAAGACAUUUGAGAUGGUGGAUGAUCCUCACACGGAUUCCAUAAUUUCGUGGAGUCCCGCCAAGAACAGCUUCAUUGUUUGGGAUCCUCACCGGUUUUCUACUGAUUUGCUGCCUAGGCACUUCAAGCACAGCAAUUUUUCAAGCUUUAUUCGCCAGCUUAAUACCUAUGGGUUUAGGAAGAUCGAUUCGGACAGAUGGGAGUUUGCGAAUGAAGGGUUCGAGAAGGGUAAGAAGCAUCUGCUGAAGCACAUCACGAGGCGAAAGCAGAAACAGUCUUGGAUGGAUACAUCAGCCAAGUACGGGGCGGAGGCAGAGCUCAAGAGUCUGCAAAAGGAGGUGCUGAAGCUAAGGCAGCAGCAGGAGAUGACGCAGAGUUACGUGGCAGCUGUCGAGAAGCGUCUUUGUGUCACUGAAACAAAGCAGAAACAAAAUGCCCUCUUCUUGAUCAAGCUAAUGGAGAAUCCUCAGCUUCUUCAGCUCAUCACUAAGAAGGUGAAGAAGAAUUUGAGGCCAUUUGGAAGUGGACAGGUCUUGAAAAAGAGGAGGCUGAUGGCAGGUCUUGAUGACAAGAGCUGUGAUGAAAAUGACUCGAGCUCCUCGGACACUAGUCGAGAUGAUUUUGUCCUGUGGGAGAAACUGUUGGAAGAUGACAUGAUCUAUGAGCAGAAUGAUGAUGAGACGCAAAAAUGUGAUAUUUUGCCAGCGGAAUGUGGGACGCAGAUGAGGAGCCUCGUGGAGCUAGUGGCAUCGAUUGCUUAGUCGAGUAGCAGAUAGAUGACUACAUACAAGGAUUGAAGUAGGAUAGACAAAGAAAUGGCAUUUGGAGUUGGGAGUUGCAGUUGUUUGUGUUUGAUUUCCUUCCUUUAUCAACUUCAACUGUAACUUAGCAUCUCUAUCUUAUUUGGGACCUCUGUAAAUGUUGGCUUUUGUAGAGGAAUAGUAGAUUUUGUAUGAGCAUUAUUUGGGACCUCUGUAAAUGUUGGCUUUUGUAGAGGAAUAGUAGAUUUUGUAUGAGCAUCUUAUUUGGGA